GGAUUUGUUGGCACACAGAGCGGGGAAUACGCCAAAGACCGCGUGACCUCAGUGAGGUGCGAUCGUGACCUCAGUCAGAUGGAAAGACUCGUGGUCAUUGGUCAGAAGGAGCCUCUUGUCAAGGUCGCCCGUCAAAAUAAAAGCUUUCCCACUUCACUGCUCCACAUCAUCCACUGCAAGAUGAAUCUCACUCACUGCCUGGCCGUCGUGCUCCUCAGCCUCCCGGCGCUGCUGGCUUUGGACAAAGCUGUGUGGCAGUUCAGGUCCAUGAUCCUCUGCACGGUACCUGACAGCUGGCCGGUGCUGGACUAUGCCGACUACGGCUGCUACUGUGGGCUGGGAGGCUCCGGCGAACCUGUGGAUGAGCUGGACAGAUGCUGUUACAUCCACGACCAGUGCUACAGUGAAGCCAUGCAGCACGAUUCCUGCUGGCCCAUCCUGGACAACCCGUACACUGAGCUGUACAGCUACAGCUGUGACGAGGCCUCCAAGACGGUCACCUGUCUGAGCGACAACAACAAGUGCGAGAAGUUCAUCUGCGAGUGCGACAGACAAGCGGCGAUUUGCUUCGCCAACGCGGGCUACGACGAGUCCAACGCCCACCUCCCCAGUCACAACUGCAAGUAGCUGCUGAGCUGAUGAUGUACUGGUACGACAGGCUACAGUCCGCGUCAUUCCACAGCUUGCGUCGGCGGUACUCGGACGGGUGGAGUUGCCCGCAGUCCUCUCCGUUCUCUCUGUAGUCCCAGUUGUCCGGCUGGCCUUUGUCCCAGAAACUGCACAGAAAGGAGGAGGAUGAUAAUAAUUGUAUUAUAAUCACUCAUCAUCACGAUUAAAUCUUGAUUUUUGACACCGCUUUAA